AGAGAGUCUUUGAUAGAAGCAUUGCUGCUGUCCGCCGGCUGAUCGGAGGAGCUCGGCUCGGCUCGGCUCGGCUCGGCUCGGAGACAACACACACAGCUGCUGUGACGUAGCCUUGGAGAGAGACAGACGCGGGGAAAUUCAAGCCGAGCGUCAGAUGAAAACAGAGCCGGGUUAUCGCUGCUCUGGUCGGCAGCAUGGUUCAGGGGUUUCACGUCGUCAGGUGUUACAGCUGUCAGAGCUUCCAGGUUCACCAGGUGAAGAAAGUGAACAGGUGGAGCUGUAAACUGUGUGGAGAGAAACAGUCGCUGAAGAAGGAGUUUGGGCGGGGCUCAGGGGCCGACUGCAGACGUCAUGUCCAGAAACUCAACGCCAUGAGAGGAGCCACGAUGGAGAAGCAGGAGCACAACACCUGGUUGCUAUGUAAACAGGAAGAAGAAGAAGAACAACAACAACAACAACAACAACACGAGCAGGAGACUCUGGGGAGCCGCUGGACCAAAUACCUGGACCCACCUGAGGAGGCGGAGCCAGAAGACGAGGACGAGGAGAAUGUUUUGAUGGACAGGCAGCAUCUCCAUGGCAACAACACAGCUGACAGGAAGAGGAAGAGGAGAGGAGAGACAGACGGAGGACGGAGCAGCUGCUCACCUGAACAGUCAAACUGGUCUAGGACAACCUCAGUCGAAACCACCAGUUCUCCCAGCCUGAACCGGCCCAGUCCCAGUCUGAACCGGCCCAGUCCCAGUCUGAACCGGCCUAGUCCCAGCCUGAACCGGCCCAGUCUGAACCGGCCCAGUCCCAGUCUGAACCGGCCUAGUCCCAGCCUGAACCGGCCCAGCCUGAACCGGCCUAGUCCCAGCCUGAACCGGCCCAGUCUGAACCGGGCCAGUCCCAGUCUGAACCGGCCCAGUCUGAACCGGGCCAGUCCUCCCAGUCUGAGUUCUGGACCGGCCUGCAGGUGGUCUCGUUUCCUCAGUAGUUCUGAGAGUCAGAGGGAGGGGGCGGAGCCUCCGGUCAGUGGGAGGAGUCAGGCAGUGGGCGGAGCUGCCUCUCUGCCCUGUAAUGAUGUCAUCACCCAGUGGGCAGAGCCUCUUGUUAGUGGGAGGAGUCAGGCAGUGGGCGGAGCUGCCUCUCUGCCGUGUAAUGAUGUCAUCAGCCAGGCCCCGCCCCUCCCCCGGCCCCUCCUUCCUGUUUCCUCCAUGUUUGAGAGCGGCGAGGAUUUCAGCUUUGACGACUAUUAGAGAAACUGAAUCAGUGAUUUUAAAUGUUAUCAGUUAACCAAUCGUUAACCAACCAGCCGUUACCCAACCAACCGUUAACCAACCAAUCGUUACCCAA